GAUAUUAAUGAAUGUGUGACUAACGUCCAUAACUGUGAUGUCAAUGCUUUCUGUAAUAACACUGAGGGAUCUUAUAACUGCACAUGCAGCCCUGGAUACACUGGCAAUGGAACAUCAUGCAACGGUUAUUUUCAAAAUUUUGUUUGUUUGUUUGUUUGUUUUUUAUUUACUUUCGUUUUAAACUUACCGUAGGUUAAAAUCACCAACUUGUAUGAUUUGUGUUUUGUGGGGGAAAGGUUGUUUAUUGCCUUGGUAUUGCCUUCUUUCAACUAAAAAUGAAGAGGGAAAUUAGAAGAAAUUAAUGCCAAAACCCAAGAAACAGUUAUCCACAAACGUCAUUUAAACUGAAUACGUCGAAAAUCAGGCCUUUUUUUAGCGCAGAAUAAGCUUGCCUAUCUGUUUUUCUAACCCUCCUUUAUGUAUUUGUUUUCAGCUUUUUUCUCUUUCACAACCAACGGACGCAUCGGAAAUCAUGGCAUUAUUCAAAAUUUUACAGUUCCGAAGACCGGUGUGUAUCUGGUAAAAGCCUGGGGUGCUCGAGGAUGA